UGCUCGCAACACGGUGUCCCUUCCGACGACAUUUUCUAUCGUGACGACCUUAUCCAGGCGACCCCAGAAACCCUUUGCCGUGUCGCAUGUACCAUCAAUUCGUUGAUGAAGCUUUUUGAAGACCCUGGAGUCGGUCGUGUCAAGGUCAUCGCGGGUCAAGGCAAGAAAGGUGCCAUCGUAGCUUCAAGCAACGAUCCUUACUCCUCGGCGAAUUUCUUGCGCCGCUUCUUCCACACCGAAUCUGCUGCCACGACCAACCUCUCCAGUUCGCAGAAUGCAGAGUCCACAUGAACGAACGCUCCUCCCAGUGCGACCUGAUAGUCCGCAAUCGGGAACAUCUGCUGGCACAGCUAAGAGAGUCCCCAUCAUUGAUAAAAGCACGACACCAGCCAGUAACAGCGAUCAUGAAAUUCACCAGGUUCCCCCUCUUACGAGUCCAUGUCCAACCCCUAUAUCUCCCCUUCGCGCGCACUCUCGAACUGGACUUCCAAAUGACAGUGGCGUUAGCCCUCUCUCCAGUCUUCAGCCACUCGACAUUCCCUUCCCUCAAUCACCGACUUCGCAGGUGUCCAAUCUGUCGACAGCAGGCUGUGAUGCAGACUAUCCCCCACGACAGUCAAGAACCUCCAGCAAUCUCACUGAUAACACUGCCCUCUCCAGCAUCUUUGACAUCAGACGGGUGAGCAGCAGCAACCAAAACAAGUUUGGAACCAUCAGGACUUUCACAACUGAAGCGACCUCUUGCUCUGAGGCGCCUUCGUUCACCCGAACAGAGGCUAGCUCGGUGGCAGCAUUCAUGACAGAAGAGAUGAGCAGGAGACGGGGUAGUGGAGAGCCUGCACCUCGGUCGAGAGAGCGACGCCCGAGCGAGCCAGGUGUACUUGAUCUGGUUAGCCUCGCAGAGGAAGAGGAGAACAGUGCCUGUGGGUCGAGUUCCAAUCAUCAUCAGAAGGAGAGUUUGCAGCCUAAAGGACCCUCGCGGGUGCGGGAAACGGACGCGCAGAAUCGUGUGCGACUCGGUAAAGGCAAAUGGCCCGACGAUUUUCUGGACGCUUUCAAGCCAAGUCCAUCUCAAGCAGUCCCAAUUGCAACAUCGUCGAACAGUGUAGAUGCGCCCCUUGGUUCCAGUCCUCUAUCUGUAUCCCCGACUAGAAAGCCUUCCAUUGUUGGCUCAUCACGUCACAACGACAGCACAGAGUCCAGAGUCCGAAGGCCAUCUCAUCGGUCAACCCAUAGCGCGGAUGUCCUGAUGCCGAGGAAUUCAGUGCUUCGUUUGGAUGCCAGUUCAGAUAAUUCACCAGGCUCCAAAGUCAUUCUGCGUCGUCAGAGUACACGUAAUGGUGUUCGCAGAAAUGGGGUUUACUAUCCUCGUAAUAGCGCCGACGACCCUGGGACUCCAAAGGAUGACGAUCCUCGCAUUGUCCCCUUCCCGCGUGCCGUAUCAGGGGAACAUGCUGCUCGUGCCACACCAUCUCCCGAUUCUACUGCCAAGGGCGAUGUCACGAAUAACCAGGAUGCUCCCCGUGUGCGUGGUCGCUUCCAGAGUGAUGUUGAAGAUCAUCGAGCUCGAAGAUGCAGUCGUCCGACUUCGCUUGAUGAGUUGGGUAGAGCGCGGAGGUCUCGAUAUGAAAGCAUGGUCAAUCUAGGGGUGGCCUCUACGAACGCAAGUGCGAGCGACUUGCUAUCAAGGGACUCCGGCGACGGAAGCGCCGUACGACAGACCGUAAUAAUCAAGGAAGAAGGGAAACCCGCGAUUCAUUUCCAACUCGGAAAUUGCAUCGGCCGCGGGCAGUUCGGCACAGUGUAUCGGGCUCUGAAUCUGACAACCGGACAAAUGGUGGCAGUUAAACGAAUCCGAUUAGAAGGUCUGAAAGAGGACGAAGUUGCCCAGCUCAUGAGGGAGGUGGACUUGAUGAAAAGACUAUCACAUCCAAGUAUUGUGAAGUAUGAAGGGAUGGCUCGAGAUGAUCAAUACCUCAACAUCGUUCUUGACGGCUCAUUGGGCCAGAUGCUCAAAGCUUUCGGCAAGUUGAACGAGCAACUUGUGGCGGGCUACGUUGUCAAGAUUCUCGAGGGCUUGCAUUACUUGCAUCGUUGCGAUGUUGUCCACUGCGAUUUGAAAGCCGCCAACAUCCUCACUACGAAGACGGGGAAUAUCAAGCUCUCGGAUUUCGGCGUUUCCUUGAACCUGAAGGCUAUAGAAAGAGAGAAGGACGUUGCUGGUACUCCGAACUGGAUGGCCCCAGAGGUCAUCGAGCUCAAAGGGGCUUCAACAAAGGCUGACAUUUGGUCGUUGGGAUGCACAGUUGUCGAACUUCUUACUGGACGUCCGCCAUUUGGGGAUAUCACCAACACAAUGACAGUCAUGUUCCGCAUUGUCGAGGACGAGAUGCCAAUCCCUGAAGAAUGUUCCGAGCCGUUGAAAGACUUCCUUCAGCAAUGCUUCCAGAAGGAACCCUCGAUGCGACCUGAUGCUGAGCUAUUGUGCGAGCACCCCUGGUUGAAGAGAAAUUGGGAUGCCCUCAAGGAACUUCGUCUUCAGGAUAGCAUACCCUUUCUCCGGCGUGUUAGCACUGAUCUACAAAAGACUGACAUUGUGCACCUUGCAUCUAUGGAUAUCAACAGAAUCGAAUCACCUUCCUCGGUUCAAGAGGAGCCAUCGAAGUCCCCAAGGCGCAGAUUAUCCAGUGGACCGUCUUCGCCGAUUUCGCUUCCGGAGAAUACCCCAUUCACCCCUAUGGAUCAUUCCUUUAUCAAGACCACCUUUGGGAAACCCAUGAUCUGCAGAGUGUGUAUGGGAAGUAUCAAAAGAAGCGCCGUCAUUUGCGACAAGUGUAAUCUCAUCACUCACUCAAAAUGUGCUCCUGAAGCUCCUCCCACAUGCGACCUUCGCUCUCAACUGUUGCUUUACGCACAGUACGCCGAACAAGGAAGCCCCGCUGGUAUCCCGCUCGAUGGAUUGAAUGGGUUGCAUCCUCCUCGUCCAUCGACGAUUAUUCCUUCUGAAGUCUCCUUCGCUACCCCUUCUCCUCGACCAAGCUUGGACGUCACGCCGUCAUCACAAUUACCAUCACCCACUCCUCCCAACGUCUACAAGCUCAUAAAUCCCUUCAAACGUUCUCGUUCUUCCCUAGCAGCAGAGAAUAGGUCUUCCCCUUUGGCAUCGCCGUCAUCGAUGCCUCAGCCUCUGUCUCACGAUGAUGCCACUCCCAAGCGAAAACCCUCUAAGCUCUCACCGAAUAUGAUCUCGAAAGAACGACCUCAUUCAUUGUCAAGUAAUGGUACUGCCCCCAAUGCCGGUAGCAUGAAGAAGGCUGACAGCCAGUCCAGCCGUCAAGAACCAGGCCGUAAAUCCUUCUUUUCAAUAGUUGAGCCUGAUACACAUACGAUUCCACAACUUGGUCCGCCAGUUCCCGACAAGAAAUCAUUUUAUGCCCAUGCUACGACUGCCACUCUCAAUGAUCGUAUGGACAAUUCAUCACGCCACAUUCCGGGCACAGUGCCCAAUGAACCUGACCGUCACAAAAAACGGGCAGCAGAGAAACCAUCAGGCUGCACUGUUCAGUGACUCUUCUCUUACAUCUACUGUCAUCCUCGCCUGCAUCAAUCAUCCGAACAUAGCAUGAUUCAGAUACCGUCAUGGACACUGUACCACUAAAGUCCUUAGUGCUUUUACCCAUUUAUUACUGAUCACUACUAUACUGUUCAUUAAGACGUAUAUUAAUAUAUACUCUAUUUUAGCACUUAUAUCCUGGUGCAAUAUCUAAUCACCAACCACCUCAAGUUCAGUGUCCUGAUAUCCGCUGACAUAAUCUCAGCGUGCGGCGCCGAUAUCUGCCCAGGUUCGGGCCGCUCCGUCGUCCGACGGUCCAG